AAUGGAACUGGUGGACACAGUCUGAUCCCAAGUCGGUGCGCUCCGCGUGCCUCCAGCCCGUGACCACGUGCCUCUCCAUCCGACCUGCCAGCGGACCAUGUGGAGCGGCAAGAUGGCGGCGCGGUGGAGGGGGAAAAACGGGGAUUUAAAUGCCGACAACAGCGACUUUCUGGAGCGCAACAGCCCCAAUGAGUUGGUCCUGAGUAGAGGUGAUGUUGAAUGUGUGGAGAUGGACACACAGUCCUGUACGGAUCACUCCAUCCUGGCUAUUUUUGAGGACUCCACAGUCGCAUCAGAGGGUAAGAGUGGAGUGGAGGAAGAGAGUCAGACCCUGCUGUCAGCCCUGACUGAGAUGCUGGACAGUGUGGAGGAUGACGAUGGGACUCUGUCUCCCUUUGAUAUUCUGCCAGACACCAGUCUCCUCAUCCACCCAGAGUGCAGGGGCAACUCAUUGGCAAUAUCACUCGCUGACAGACUUAGACCAAGACCCAAAUCAACAAAUCUAACAUUCCCAAUUAAGAGGGAUGGAGAAAAGGAAGAUCAGAACAUAACAGAGAGAAACAGCCCCCCACAGCUGCUCACACAACAAAGUCAAACAUUGUUUCACUCCAAAACUAAUAAAGAAGAGAAUGAAGUGGAGGUCUUCACCUCAACUUCUCUCGUCAACCUGGUUAAGCUCAUGCACCCCUACUGUCUGAAGCUGCAUGUGGAGGAGGGGGAUAAACUGAGGAAAAACCAAACAUUAUUCUCCCAGGAAGAGGUGUGGAAGUAUGAGAGGCCCACUGAGGAGAGUGAUGAAGAGAUAAAUGUUGUAUCUGAUGAUGACGAACCUGUGAAAGAGACAAAGGGGAAAGAAGAGGGAGAUGUAAAAAGAGAUGAUGGGAAACUCCUGAAGAGUGUGUUGCUGAAUGGAAACUCACACAGAGCGCCGCCAUCCAGAGAGAAGAAAAGAGUGAGCUUUGGCCCCAUUCAAGUGGCUUCAUUUAACGAAUCAGCGGAAAAGGGAUUGAAUGAGAAAAAUCUAACAAGUGGACACACAACUGAGACUGUGUCAGUUCCACUAAACAGCACAAAAGCACUUGGAAAUCCAGCUGGGUCGGCACUUGAACCCCAGACGACACCAACCUCAGAAAUGAAUGGUGACAAGGCUGAAAUUCUGCCACCUAAAGGUGAGACAAAGGCCAAAUCACUCAGUCUCCAACAGUACAGACAGCUGCGCCAGAAGAGACAGCCCCUGGUGGAGAAACAGAGGAACUACACGACCAAGUGGCCCUCCGUUUCUGAGCCCCCCAAGGAGUUGCCCCCCAUCCUCUGUUUACAGGGACGAAGACAAAAUAGCUGUGGACCAAAGACAGCACACCACUAUCCAGACCAUACCACAAUCAGUAUUAAUCAUAUCCAUAAACCUGGGUACAAGACUUUAUCCCAUCGUACCUCUCUACCGCCAAGGCCUAGCCCCUCACAGUCAAAACCACCCAGUCAUCCACGCUGCAGCGGAUUAGAUUUCCCAAGACCUGAAUCCAAAACCAUCUCACCUGCUGGUCCAAUUCCAGACGUCAGAACUAACCCAAAUGCGAAUGUGCCUGAAAGCAAAAAAAGUCCAGCAAAGAAACCAACAUUGCUUAGUAGCGAUCCCCCAAAUCCUGUCCUCCUUCCCAUGCCAGUUAGCCAAACCACAUCACUAUCAACUGCCGACUCCUCAUCAAAAUCCAAAGUGGAGUUCUUCAACAUAGACUCCGACCUCGAGAGCACCGCACACUUACCAAAAAUCCAAAAUGAAUCCUCAGCAGCAUUUCCUCAAACACAGCCAUCCUCCUUAGAGCCAAAGCCCCAGGUGUUGCUAGUAAACCAAAACGGCACCGCCCUGCUUCAGGAAAUUAAUGACAAGUUUACCGAGAUAGCCUCAGAUGUCUCCUCUAGACCUCCAGCGUUGUGUCCUGCCACAACACAAACUGAACCUGCCUCAGAGUGCAAUAAACUACAGCCACACAAAUACAGCGUGAGCCCAAAAAAAGAACCAAAGACUCCUCAGUCACCAAGUCCAGAUCCAGUGAGGCAAAUAAAGUGCCCUUCCUCCACGCCACUCUCUGCUCAGCCACCUUGUCCUGCAAAUGCUCCUGUACCGAAAAAGAAGGAGGUGUUACCAAAGGUUCCCCCAAGUAUUUCUUCUCCGGAGGAACCACCAUCCACUCUUCAGGUUGGCUGUAGAGCACAGAGUGCAACAUCCGACUCAGGAAUUGAAGCCCCCGAUCUGACCAGCCUUCUCGAACAGUUUGAGGAAACACAAGCUAAAGUGGAGAGCGUCUGUGAGAACCAGCCCCGACUCGUUAGUGCUACUCGUACCGCGAACCUACAAACAGAAGGACGCACAGAGCUGGAUAGAAGUCAGCCUGCGGGAUCAGAAAAGACCUCGCAAUUACUACCGACCCCCUCUGUGGAACCACUUGAACCUUCAGAAACCAACCGGACCCCAAAAACCCUCAGGAAUCUGCCACAGUUCCAAACGUUGGAGUGUGUGGACAUCCCCGAGCCCCUCGGCACUGAAAUCAUCCUCCGCACUCAGCAAGAGCAGCCUGCGAGACGCAAAAAUCCUCCAUCCAAGGCCAUUCAGAUCAUCGAUCCCCGUCCUCUACCAUCCAAGAAGACUCACAUCAGCACUUCAGAGCCUCCCGCUGCUCACGCCUCUCCUCACACGUAUUCAUCCGUAUCAUUGGAUCACGAUUACUGCGCGCCUGUGGAUCACUCACUUACAAGCGCCACUCAGCGUAGCAGAGCUAAGCCCUCCAUACUCAAGGAUAUUUCUAAAAUUACUAAUGAAUCGCAGGUUACUGCUCUCGACUCAUGUGCUGCUGCUGAAUGGAAAACCCAGACCUCGACUGGACAAACAAAGUCUGUGUUGCAGCAUCACUCUGAGCAACCCAGGACUAGAUCAGAGUCACACCAGUCCACAGACAGAUCUCCGCAGUUUUCAGACUGCAGUGCUGCCGCAGGAGACGGUGGUGCAAGUGAAGACGAGACAGCCCCAUGCCCUCUCCCUACACCUCCACCCAGCCCUCCUCUCAGAGGGAGGGAGAAGAGGAGAUAUCGGAGAAGAUCCCCUAAUUCCGACUCCAGCUCCAGCUGCUCCUCCUCGUCAUCUUCCUCCUCCAGCUCUGUGUCUCACUCUCCAAAAAGAAAAAAGCUCCGUCACAAGCGUUCAGCGAGCAGUUCAUGUUCGUCGUCCCCCUGUCGCUCCGUUUCCCACUCCCCACCUCGGCGCUACAGGUUGUCUUACUCCAGAUCGAGAUGCAGCAGGUCAAGAUCCAGAUCUUGGUCCCAGUCCAGGUCCCCAUCUAGAUCCCGAUCACCAUCCCCACGGAUUUACUGUAGGCAGUGGAAAGACGUUUACAGCAGCAGAGAAUCCAGGAAGCUCAGGAGAGAGCACGAGAUUAGGAUUCAGAAACUUAAAGCCAUAGAUGAGCGCAGGGUAGUGUACGUCGGCCGCAUCCGCAGGUCUAUGACACACGACGAACUGAGAGAACGCUUCUCUCAGUUCGGAGAGGUGGAGUGUGUUUCCCUUCACUUCAGAGACAGGGGAGACCACUACGGCUUUGUCACGUUCUACAACAUGGAAGAUGCUUUCGCAGCCAUUGAUAAUGGCGGCAAACUACGGAAGGCUGAUGAGCUGCCAUUUGACAUCUGCUUCGGUGGUAGAAGACAGUUCUGCAGUUCUAACUACUCUGAUCUAGACGCAAACAGAGAUGCAGACCUGUCUCCUGCCAAGACUAGGUUUGAGGACUUCGACUUUGAUUCCCUGCUGAAGCAGGCCCAGAGAGGAUUAAAGAGGUAGCAGAGCACCAAGCUGCAUGUGGCAUCGACGAAAAGAACAUUUUUUUUCCCACAAACCUCAGAGCUUCUUUGCUCGCACUUAUGUAGCAAACUUUUGUAUGUUAGUGUUUUUUUUUUUCAUGUAAUAUGCAUGCAGUUUUUAUGUGUGCAAUAAAUAUGAACAUAUAUGUAGCACUCUUAAUUUGAAAACAUGUUACUAAUGGAACCGGCUAAAGAUUUUUGUUGCAUUCCAUAACACUCAUAAAACUUUUGUAUAUGUAAAAAAAUAAAGGCUGUUCUUUGUGUGUCCUGAUGAACUGUCAGCUACAAGUGAACUGAAAUUUAUUUGGUUUCUCUCUUCACAGCAGACAUUUUGACAUGUCAAUCGAAGGAAAAGCACGGGCGCAACUAACCACUCAUUAAAUGUAGUGGUCCCAGUGAGCCACACCAGUGGACUAGCAUGUAUUAUACUGGGUGCCAUGGAACUACACACACCUGCUUAGAGUGCAACCAUUGAUAGUGUUAUUAGUCACACCUCUAACUGACAACCUGUCCCCUGCUACAGUAAAUGUGACCUACAAGCCAGUUCUGCUGUAGGCUCUGUGUCUCGUUAGAGCCUCAUCUGUUUCUGGUUUUUGGAAGCCCCCUGGGGUUUGGCUGACUUACAAUCUUACAACAUCAAACCAGUUUUUGUUCUGCAAGCCCCAUAUCUUAUCAGUCUCAUACAUUUAUUUAUUUAUUUUUUUUCAAUUAUAAGAAUUGUAAAGACUGUCCUGUCAAACAUGAAAGCUGUGACAUAAAAUGUGGAUUUUACUUGAACACAUCCAGUUACCUGCCUCCGGUAACUUUGUCAGGUCAUGUUGUAACUUCUCUCCUCUUUCAGUUGACCUUUCCUGUGGCAGAUUUG